UAAAAGUUAUUGCCUCCUGCCUCCUAAUAAAACAAUGGUUUUUAUCUUACGUACACUGUUUGCGAAUAAAGAAAUUCGGCGUCCACGCAAGUACUUGCUUACAAAAUUCAUAGAUUCUGUGAGACUGCACGUGAAAGGUGGAACUGGAGGCACGGGUCUGCCCAAGUAUGGCGGGCUCGGCGGCCAGGGCGGCUGCGUCUACUGCGUGGGGAAGGAGGGCGCCGACCUCAAGAACAUCAUGACCAAGUACCGAGCCAGGACCAUCGCCGCCGGCCACGGAGAGGACAGCCGGAAAAACAAAAUAGUCGGCAGCCCUGGCGAGGACGCCAAACUUGAAGUGCCUUUAGGAAUAACUAUAUACGGGGAGCAAGGAAAAGUCCUCGGCUCCAUCAACGAAGAGGGCGACACAGUUAUAAUAGCUCGAGGAGGCCCCGGAGGUGAUACCAAGAACAGUUUUCUUGGCCAUUUUGGACAAACUCACCACGUAAGAUUAGAUCUUAAACUGAUUGCUGAUGUUGGUCUAGUUGGCUUCCCGAAUGCUGGCAAGAGCUCACUUCUAAAGGCUAUCUCUAGGGCUAAGCCGCGGAUUGCUAACUACCCAUUCACCACCAUAAAGCCUAAUAUAGGAAUAAUCAAGUAUGAUGAUUUGAGGAGGAUAUCUCUGGCCGACCUGCCGGGGCUGAUAGAAGGGGCCCAUGUGAACAUUGGCUUGGGACACAAGUUUCUGAAGCAUGUGGAGAGGACUAAACUGUUGCUGUUUGUGGCGGAUGUGCAGGGGUUCGCUCUAAGCCCUCGCCACAACAUGCGGAGCUGCCUUGAGACCAUCCUGCUGCUCAAUAAGGAGCUGGAGCUCUAUAAUGAAGAACUGCUGGAGAAACCUGCAAUACUAGCCAUAAACAAGAUGGACCUGCCCGGAGCUGAAGACACAUUUAAUGAGGUCAAAGAAGCACUCAGAAAUAUGGACUCAACACUGCAGUCUAUACCUGAAGAAAUAAGGCCCAACAAAAUUAUCCAGUUUGAAGAUGUACUCGGAAUAUCAGCUCUGAAACAUAAUGAAAGCAUUAAAAUACUGAGGGAUAGAAUAAGGAAGAGGUUAGAUGAGUAUGCUGAAGCAAAUAAUCCUGAUAUUGUAGACGCCAGUGAUCUGUUUAGAAAGAACAAAGCCAUCAUGGGGGAGAGGGGGCCACAGGUGACCUGAAUAAGGAUCAUAAUAGAACCAUAGAAGUAAAUAUAUUAAAUAGUACUUACUUUAAGCUAUAAUAAAUAUUCCUUUAAAUUGUU